AUGACAAACACAAAGGGAAAGAGGAGAGGCACCCGCUACAUGUUCUCCAGGCCCUUUAGGAAGCAUGGAGUUAUUCCUUUGGCCACUUACAUGCGAAUCUACAUGAAAGGUGAUAUUGUUGACAUCAAGGGAAUGGGCACUGUUCAAAAAGGAAUGCCUCAUAAGUGUUACCAUGGCAAAACCAGAAGAGUCUACAAUCACUCUAAGAGCCGAGACAGCUUCCUGAAGCGCGUGAAGGAGAAGGACCAGAAGAAAAAGGAAUCCAAGGAGAAGUGCACUUGGGUUCAGCUGAAGCACCAGCCCGCCCCACCCAGAGAAGCAAACUUUGUGGGGACUAACGGGAAGGAGCCUGAGCUGCUGGAGCCCAUUCCAUAUGAAUUCAUGGCCUAA